AUGAGCAAUUAAAGAAAAGAAAAAAUGGCAAUUAUCACUUAAGACGUAUCUUAAUUAAACGACACAAGACACGGAUGCUAUUUGCCACGCGUCGCAUUAUAGCGCAUUUGGGAGGAGAAAACGAGGGGAGCAAAGAUCAGUUUCAUCUCAUCGACGAAGUCAAGCAAAUCGUCGGUUCCUCUCCUUCUCUACUCCGAAUCAAAUCUCCGGUUCAUCUCCUACUCGACGACGAAUGAAAUCGACGGCUGCUCUCCUUCUCGAAGAGGAAUAAAAUCGAGGCCUUCUCUCCAACUCGAAGACGAAUCAAAUAAGAGGUGGCUCUGUUUGUGGACGAGGAAUCAACUCAUCGGAGACCAAUUUCCUCUCCGGCGGUUCCGAGACCGCAAGCUUGAGAGCCGAAGACGACGCAUCAGUUUAACUUCAACUCGCAGAAAGGUCACGAGAGAUUAGGAAGGUUUGUCAUAAACAAGGACGAUCAGAGAUGGAUCAUGAGAGAUGAGCAAGGCUGAUCAUAAACAAAGACGACACGAGCAAUACAGUCAACAAGAUACUGUGUUUGAGUUAGGAGAAGAUACUGUGUUUGGCACACAGCAAAGCGAGGAGCAUCCAAACGUUGGUGACACUCCUUCAGGGCGUAAAGAACGAAGAACAUGGACGCAUACAGAUGACAUAGUCCUCAUCAGCUCUUGGCUAAACACGUCAAAAGAUCCCUUAGUAGGCAAUGAGCAACGUUCUGAUUCUUUUUGGAAAAGAUUUGCCGCUUACUUUGCGGCAAGCCCGAAGAUUGGAGUGGGUGAAGAGAGGGAGCAUGGUAACUGUAAGCAAAGGUGGCACAGGAUCAAUGAUCAGGUUAGCAAGUUCUGUGGCACGUAUGAGAAAGCCACCAGGCUCAAAACUAGCGGCCAAAACGACAAUGAUAUUCUCAAGGCAUCUCAUGAGAUCUUCUUAAACAACUAUAAGAAGAAAUUUACACUUGAACAUGCGUGGAAGGAGCUUAGAUAUGAUCAGAAAUGGUGUAGCCUGAGCACUUCCAAAACGGACAGAAGCUCUAAAAGGAGGAAGUGUGAUCAGAUGAAGACAACAACUGAGCUCGAAUAAAUAAAUUUGGAUCUUUUAUAAUGUUUUGUAUAAUAAAUAAAUUUGUUAUUGUGUUUUUUUUUAAUCCAUGUUUUAAAUAUUAUCUUUUAUGAUGUUUUGUAUAAUAAAUAAAUUUUAUUUUUA